UGUUGGAAUGCUUAUGUUAGGAGCAGCAUUAACAUGCUAUGGAAUCUUAUUAUGCUUGAAGAUGAGCCGAGUAAGAGCUGAGCAACCUUCAUCUGAAAUGUACAAGGUUGCCUUUUUAACUGUGACCUGUGUACUAUGCUUCACAUCAAGUGCCUCAGAAGCACUCUUCACUGAUAUUCCUAUGUUGUAUCAUUGGCGUCCGCAGCAUGUGUAUGGUGCUUGCACCAUUCUUUUACUCAUUUUGUAUUAUUUUGUAGGUUCAUCAAUACCUUCAGCAAUGUUACUGUGGGUAAUGAGAGAAUUACCGCCUGCAGAAGCUUCUAGCACAUGGGAAGAAUCGAGCACAUUAGCUUUUGUUGGUGAUAAUCCAGUUAUAGUUCAUAAUCCUCAGCGCUGGACUACUGCAACAAGCAUGCAGAAUCAGGCAUUGAGAGUGAGUCCAAUAUAAUCACGUUUUGGCCACGUGGCAUUUACGAGUGGAUCUUCAUUGUGCCUGCGUUUGGGUGGUUUGUUGGAAUUGCUUCAGAAUAUGUAAAUCCUAACCAGAGAAGAGCCAAAAUGAUGCAAGUGGUUGUAAGCUUUCUAAGAGAUUGUUUUUCCCACAGUGUUGACACUCUAAAUGUAAAUAGCAGAACAUUAGUUUAUAAAACUUAUUCCCCGCUACACAAAUUUGGGGAUGUCUGGGAUUUUUUUGCUAUUAAUGAUUGAGAUUUUGUUUAAA